CCUUGGACUGAAGGACAUGGGUAGACUCAUUGUCACCCCUGUCACCACACAUCGCGUCUUCCCUUCAACAGCGAUCUUCGGCACUCGCCCACCCACUUCCUCAAAGCACAACUGCGCCCGCUUGUCCCUUCGGGCUGUGACCUCACCUGUGGACAAGUCCUGCCUGCCCCCCUGAUGCCCUUUAAACACUUGGCGAGCUGCUGUUCUGUCUGCAAAGUUGGAGAAAGCCGAUCCCUUCAGCUGCUUGGGCUCAGGGCACAGAGCCAGAACUGCAGCUCGGCAACUUUCUCAAACAGAGAGAGAGAGAGAGAGAAAAAAUAACACACCAAGGGGGCGGCGAAGGAACUCCCAAAGCGAAGUUGCGGGAGUAGGGAUCACUGGAAUGCUGUGAGUCCGCGAGUGACCACUCCAACUUUCCAAGUCCCCCUCACACUGCCUCCAAGAAAAGCGGGAGAAGGACGCUGGAUGACUGGAUUAAGCAGACGGAAGGAAGAUUUUACCUGUUGUCCUACAGCUGAGGUUUACAGCAGGAGGCAGUAGUUGUUGUGGACUUGAAACUGGAAGAGAAAAUGGCAACCUGUUACUAUAAUGAAACAAUGCUAUUUUUCUACAAUCUCAACGGCAACAAGAGUGGCUCUGAAGAUAAUAUCUUUGAGAAAACCUAUUAUGUUGGCCUGGGCUUUGGUAUCCUCUGCUGCCUGUUCAUCUUCCUGUGUAACGCUAUGAUCAUCAUUGCAGUAGCACGAAACCGCAGAUUCCAUUUCCCUUUCUACUACCUGCUCGCCAAUCUAGCAGCCGCUGACAUUUUUGCCAGCUUGGCCUACGUCUUCCUGAUGUUUCACACGGGCCACGUUUCGAGGACACUGACAGUGCACCAGUAUUUUCUACGCGAGGCACUCUUAAACGUGAGCUUCUGCGCCUCGUUAUACAGCUUACUGGUAAUAGCGGUCGAGCGUUACUUCUCUGUCAUGAAGAUGAGGCUGCACAGCAACCUGUCGGAGCGCCGCGUCACUUGCCUCGUCCUGGCAAUCUGGGGAACGGCUAUUUUCAUGGCUGCCAUCCCCAACAUGGGUUGGAAUUGUAUCUGUAACAUCAGCACCUGUUCCUCACUGGCCCCCAUUUACAGCAGGAGUUUCUUGAUCUUCUGGGCUUUGUUCAACCUCUGCACAUUUUUCAUCAUAGUAAUGAUGUAUUUACGGAUCUAUAUCUACGUGAGGAAGAAAACCUUGAACUUGAUGUCACAUACCACUGGCUCUAUCAAACGCGGCAAGAUGCCUAUGAAGCUGAUAAAGACCAUUGUGACUGUUUUGGGUGCUUUUAUUUUUUGCUGGACUCCAGGGUUGAUUGUGGUCCUUCUGGAUGGCAUUCGUUGUACCAGCUGUAAUGUGCUGACCGUAAAGAUAUGGGUCCUUCUGCUGGCUUUGACCAAUUCUCUGAUGAAUCCGAUCAUUUACUCCUACAAGGAUCCUGAAAUGUGGCACGUUAUAAAGCAAAUGCUCUUUCUCGGCUGUGGGGACAAGGUCGAAAUGGAUCAGGUUACUUUGAAGUCCACCUCAAACCGGCACAGUGUCGUCUCUGAACAUACCGACUUGGGCGCUGAUCGCCAUCAACUUCAAAGCGGACCCUGACAAAGCAAUUCAAGGCAAUCUGCUCAAGAUUGUCGCAGAGCCUCUAGUGCUGUGGAGACCAUCUGCAAGUUUCUCGAUUCACAUAAAGGACAAAUACAAUUUCACAAGACACUUACUGAACCUGCUGUGAUGGCGUUUUGCAAUCACAGUUGAAAUUUUGUGUUGGGGUGGGGGAUUGUUCAUGUUGCUGAAUAGUAUCAGGAAGCAGUUUUGUUUCUUUAGAAGUGAGCACACUUUUUUCUUCAAAAAGGACUUCUUAGUUUUAAGUGUUGUGUUGAACAUUUCUCAGCAAAUGUGUGGUACACUCAGUCAACAUUAUGACUCAAAGAAGAUAGUUGUGACCUCUAUGACUAGCUUUGGUCAGGUGCACUGUUGUACAGAAGCUACAUUUUGCUCAACUUGACCUAGGUAUGGUCUAUAAAAUGUCACACCGUCACACUGAGAAACACAUUUGAAAGUAAUCCUGUGCAUCCCUCUCCAACAUAAAUGAAAGCUAUAGGUGGCACUCAAAUCAAGGGAGGUUAUAAGGGAGGUUGGCAUUAUCACUGAGUACCAUACAGAACCCCUUUCUGGUUCAUGAUCUUGCAUUGCUGAAGACCAUUGGGAGUACCAUCGCCACAUGGACUGUAUUGGUUCAAGAGAAGGCCCACCAUCAUCUCAAGGGGCAACAGGGGAUUGACAAUGAAUGUAACCUUGCCAAAGAUGCCCACAUCUGAGAGCAUAUUUUUUAAAAUGGUUACCACCUCUGAGACUCUGUGCAAAAUUGUGGCUUCCAAGCAACAAAAGAGGCCGCAAAUAUUGAGUGUAAAUAUUUAUAGGAUGUCCAACUAUAUCAAGUCACUUCACCUCAUGACUUAAAAGGCAUGUAACCUGCUUUAUGUGUAAAACUAAAAAUCACAGGCUUGGGUUUUUUUUAUAUAUUGGUUAUGGCAAUUUCUACGUAAUUAAUAUUUUUGUGCAUACAAUAUUAAUUGUUGAGUUUUAAUCUUUUUGCAGUAAGUUCAGGUUAGUGUAUGCAUCCAUCCAAAGUAUUUUGAAGGUUGUUUUUCACUCUAUCAACAACAAGUCUACUUUAUACGAAAAAAAUACAUAAUUCUGUCGCCAAAAUAAAUACAUGUUUGGAAUUGACUCAUAAAAAUUUUCCCAGAAGACUGAAGGGAAUGAUAACAUAGUGCCAAUGUUACUGGAUAGUAAUCCAGAAUCCUGGAAUAAUGAGUUCAGAUCCUAUCACAGUAGCUGGUGGAAUCUAAAUUCGAUUAAUUAGUUGAUAAAUCAGAAUUAAAAAGCUAGGCUCAGUAAUGAUGACCAUGAAGCUACUGGAUUGUGGUGUAAACCCAACUGGUUAACUAAUGACCUUCAAGGAAUGAAAUCUGUCAUUCCUAUUGGCUCUGGCCUACAUGUGAUUCCAGUACCAUAGCAAUGUGGUUGACUGUGGCUUGGCUGAGUGAAACAGUUAACUGUAUGAGAUUGCUAUGGACAAGUUAAAUAAGAAUAAAACCAGUUUGAAAUUUCA